AUGGUCUCCUGCAGGUUGGAUCAGAACACGAUUUGGAUCCCCACAGCAGGGCAUACGGUUAAGUACGGCCAUGCUCCAGGCAAAGUGCUUCUGUGCCUCAGUGAACCUACGCGAGUGAGCGACAUCAAGUUACAUCUCGAGGGCCGCUACUAUAUCAACUGGGACACCGCGUUCCCAAGCGAGUCACAUCGACAUUACAAAGCAUUUUGGAAGGAGUUGCCCUUCCAUCAUGAUGUUUGGAGCUUUCUGCGGGUGUCGGCAGGAAGAUCCGCAACGAUCUUAGGGCCGGGCAAUUAUGAAUUUCCUUUCGAAAUGUGCCUUCCUGGGCGGUUACCGGAAUCCAUGACGGGCGUGGAUGACUAUUAUAUUCAGUAUUUUUUGAGAGCACAGAUCUAUGGCCGGAAAGGUGAGAGUGUAGCCACGUCGAGAGAGAUCAGCGUUCGAAAGGUCUACGAGACGCCCUUGCGUACUGUUCCUAGUAGCAUCGAGAAUGAUUGGCCGAACAAGAUAAUGUACCAAGUCAGCAUUCCAACCCCGAUUGUCCAAUUCGGCGGCAAUAUCCGAGUCACAUAUCGCUUCGUUCCUUUGCUGAAGAGCCUGAAUGUGAAAACUAUUAGAUCAGUGAUUAUUGAAACACAUACAGUAUCGAGGCCAUUCCAUGCUUCUCGAUCCCGAGAGGUUUUGACCGAUGUAUUUGACCCUCCAACCUGGGAGGAUAUGGAUAUAACUACGGACGACAGAUGUUGGUAUCAAUGCUCCCGGUUGCUUCAUUUACCAAAGUCUACCCGGCAGUGUCUACAAAGCACUGCGGCCACGGUCCUGCAAGUUAGACAUUCGAUACAAUUCUCAAUCACUCUGUUGAACCCCGAUGGUCAUCUAUCUUCGGUUCGCCUUUCCCUUCCAAUAUUUUUAUUGUUCUGUCCACCGGCCAGCAUUAGUCGCCAGUCGCUAUUAGACAUUGCGACUUGGGACGAGGGAGAAGAGGCACUGCCCCAGUAUAGCGACCAUGUCCAUGAUGCGAAGCUGGUUGAAACAUGCCCGGAGAAUCCUUCAACACAUGAAGGGCACGAAUCAAACGGAAAGCCCCCAGAGUACGCGGUAUUUGAUAGCGCAUCCGAAAUUCCCAGUUAUUGGGAUACUGUUUGA